ACCGAGAAGGACCAGAAAUUAGCGUUUCUAGACUUGACUGUGAUCAGAAACCCAGAUCAAAGCCUAACUACGGAGUGGUACGCAAAACCUAUAGCAUCAGGGCGCAUGCUCAAUUACAAAUCCCAUCACCAGUCUAAACACAAGAUGAACGUGGCCAAAAAUUUCAUCCACAGAGUGUGGUACCUUACACGAAACAAGUCCAAAGAUGAAAUAGUAGCAAUCAUUCACCGACAUCUGCAGCUGAAUGACUACCCCAGACAAUUAAUCAACCGAUUAAUAAACCUGUACGAGAACAAGAAACAGUUAUCCACACAACGCGCCACCACCACUGUGAUCGAAAUAACCGAGAACACCCAAAGCCGACCAUCACGCCAGCCUCCCACCCCGCCAGCCAUUCUGCCAGCCGUUCCCAGCCCGUCCACACUGAUCGAAAUCAAUGAGGACACCCAAAACCGAUCAUCUCGCCAGCCUCCCACCCCGCCAGCCAUUCUGCCAGCCGUACCCACACCACCCACACUAAACGUUAUCACCGAGGACACCCAUAGCCGACCAUACCGCCAGCCGCCCACCCCGCCAGCCAUUCUGCCAGCCGUACCAACAUCCACGCCACCCGCACGGACCGAAACCGUCGAAAACACCGAUCAAAGCCGAUCAACACACAAGUCUUCCACCAGUCCAGCCACCGAAUCUACACAACUCGAACCACUGCGCCCACCAAUGACCCCCAGCCAGAUGCAGCAACAGCACGAACCACUUUCCCACCAUCGAAGUGCAUCUUCUGGUGAUAAUCACGAUCACCCAACAUCACCUCCACAAAACACGAUCUCCAAUCAACCAAACACAACAAAUCCUGCAGCAGAACAACCUGAAACUACAAACAAUGUUAAAACAUAUAGGGCAAUCCCGUACAUACCUGCACUUUCCCAAAAAAUCAUCAACAUACUAGCCAAAGAUUAUCCCAACUUGACAAUAACAACGAAACAGAACCGAGUAAUCAAAAGCCUCCACACACAAGUCAAGCAACCUAUAAUCAGAGACGAUGUUAGUAACACAAUAUACAAAAUACCAUGUAGUAACUGCGAAUGUUGCUACAUUGGAAUGACCACAAACACACUUAGGAAAAGACUAGCAGGGCACAGAUCAAAUGUAAACAGAUUAGAUAAGCUGAUAAAUGAUAACAACACAAACACAGAAAUAGCCAAGACUUCACUGAUCGAGACCACCACAGCACUAAUACAACAUUGUGUAGAACAAAAUCACCGAUUCGAUUUAGAACGCACACAAAUUAUUGACCACAGUUAUAAACAAUCCACACUUCCAUUCCUGGAGAUGUGUCACAUCACUAACACAGACCACACAGUCAAUAAACGAACGGACAUAGAUAGAUUGAGUACGACAUACGCAGCAGUGUUGCACGACAUAAAAAGUAGAAGGGAACAAAAUGCACCAAAGAGAAAUGUUAGCGAUGAGAGGGACUCAAUUGUACCGAUAGGGCACGCUAAUCAAUCCGAAAGAUAGAAGAAAGUAGAGUAGAAAGUUUGCGCCAUUGCCAGUACAAGUUGUGCGAGAAAAAUCAGAAAUUUUAAAGUGUAAGAUUAGUUUUUAAAAAGGUAUAUUCAGUAAUAGUUUCCACAUUAUGUAACACAUUCAAACCUUACAGCAUGUACCAAAAACAGCGUGAUCCGACAGUUAUAGUUAGACGAAACAUAGGACAAAUAACGACACAAAGAUUUACCCCCUGAGGAAGACACAAACCCCGUGUCGAAACGUUGGGCAAAUAAAUAACGUCGUUUGUUCAUUUUAUGACUGCGUAGCCAAAAACAGUUAAUAGAAA